CAACCUGCUCAUUUGUCUUUCUCCCGAUCCUCUCUCCGCCAUGGAAGCUCUCGACUUCGUGAAGCUCCAUAAUCUCUACUCUCAUUUCUCUUCCAUUGUCGAAACUGCAUAUCCUCUCAUUCGUUCUCAUUUCUAUGGCGACGAUCAAGAUGAGGAUUCAUUCUUCGAUUUGGAUUUCAUCUCUCCUCCUCCUUCAGAAACCUGUAAAUCUCCCGACGAGAACAAUCUCACACACUCAGGCCAAAACGAACUCUGUUUUUCUCAACGGAAUCUUCUUCUCUCCCAAUCCGAUCUAAUCUCCAAACUGAAAAUCCUUCCGAUUGAACUCAGUUCCAAGCCAGAGUCUCCGGUUUCAGUUUCGAUUCUCAAAUCCGCUCCUAGACUCUCGAUUUCAUUGUUCAAGAAGCCAAAGUUAAUGGCGAAACAGAAGACGGAGGAAAAAGAACCGCCGUCUCUCAAAUUACACAGCACAGAAAGCAAACGAUUCGCCUUCAAACUGAACAGAGUUAACAGUUCAAGAAAUAAUAAUCGGAUUGACGCAUCUGAGCGUCAAUCGAAGAGAUUCUCCGGAGAAGGAAUGCAGAAGUAUUUAAAAUUAAUCAAACCUUUGUAUGUGAAAGUUUCGAGGAAACAAAACUACAGAUCGUCGCCAGUAUCUUCGCCGUCGACAACAACGACGGCGACUUCGAUUGAUGAGAAACAGAGGAAUAUUGCGAUAGGGAUUCGAGUGGUUUGUAGGCGUUUAGGGAAGAGUAAAUCGUCAUCAUCAGCAACUGGAAUGGCUGUAUCACCAACGAAUCGACGAGACGAUUCGCUUUUGCAGCAAGACGACGGGAUUGAGAGCGCCAUUUUGCAUUGCAAAAGAUCGUUCAGCGCAACCAGAGAUGAUAUUGAUGGAACUUGUGACGAUAAUCUAUUCGGUGCUGGCGAUUUGCAGAAUCAGAAAACGGGAAAAGAUUCUUUCUCGGAAGCCAAACAAGACGAACAACAUUGAAGAAAGCGAGAGCGAGAGAGACUUUUUGGGUUUUGAUGUAAAAAGAUGGAAAAAAAAAAAGAAAAAAAAGAAAAAGCAAACUGAAUUAGGCAGUGCAGGACAGUUUUCGUUUUUUUUUUUUUCCCUUAGAAAAUGAUAAACAGUAACUCGGUGAGUUUGGUAGUGGCUGACUCGCUCGGAGGUGUAUUUAGUAAAUAAUAGUUAAAUGAUGAUUGUUUGUAACGUAUGUGAUGAAACAUUUCCAUUAUUUUC